UGCCAAUAACAAAAUGACUGAUUUUGACGGACGGGACUGUAGAUGUGGUCGUAAUGUAAAAGGUAUCAGCGAGUCAUGGACAGAACGCAAUGGAACCCGAGUUUGUUGAAGUGAAACAGCGGUGUAAUUGAUCCCAGCUGCUGGGGAGGGGAUGAAAGCUAUUCUCGUGGGAUAGUCACGUGUCCUCGGGGAGUGCUUAGUUUUGGAACACAUUGAGUAGGAGCACCGUCAACUGCGUAGUUGUAGUUUGGACAUCCCUAUAAUAGUAAGCAGUCAAACGUCCUAUUAUGAAAGAACCGUCGUUGUGAAGCAUCGUCAAACCUUUGAACUAGCAGAAUGAUACAGUUUAGUGUCAGCUAACCAGUUUCGCUUAACUUCUGCGCUCAUCUCCAUCGCUAUCUUUACAGCCAGUGCAACGUUACUGUAGCUACCCAAGACAAACCAAGACAACAGAGGGGCGUCACGACCAGUCGAGAUCGGCCCAACUGAAGAUGGAAACACUGGAGUCCGAGCUGACGUGCCCGAUCUGCCUGGAGCUGUUUGAGGACCCCCUGCUCUUGCCCUGUGCCCACAGCCUGUGCUUCAACUGCGCCCACCGCAUCCUGGUCUCCCACUGCUCCACCAGCAAGCCCCUCGAGUCCAUCUCCGCCUUCCAGUGCCCCACCUGCCGCUACGUCAUCACGCUGAACCACCGCGGUCUGGAGGGCCUCAAGCGCAAUGUGACGCUGCAGAACAUUAUUGACCGCUUUCAGAAGGCCUCCGUCAGCGGACCCAACUCGCCCAACGAGAGCAGGCGCCCGCCGCGGCUAUCACCCCACAGCGUGAGUGCCCGCGGCAGCCCCGCCCUCACCACCAGCAGCGUCACCAGCCCUCCGCCCUGCGCCACCCUCGCCAUGUCCCUGGAGCAGCAGCAGCAGCAGCACCGCCCCCUGGUGGCCUGCCAGUUCUGCGAGCAGGACCCGCCGCGGGAGGCCAUCAAGACGUGCGUCACGUGCGAGGUGUCCUACUGCGACCGCUGCCUGCGCGCCACCCACCCCAACAAGAAGCCCUUCACCAGCCACCGCCUGGUGGAGCCCGUGCCAGACACGCACCUGCGGGGGCUCACCUGCCUGGAGCACGAGAACGAGAAGGUGAACAUGUACUGCGUGGUGGACGACCAGCUCAUCUGCUCCCUCUGCAAGCUGGUGGGGCGCCACCGCGAUCACCAGGUGUCCUCGCUGAGCGAGCGCUUCGACAAGCUCAAGGCUUUUCAAGUGAGCCCGGGCAGAGUGUCUGAAGCGGUUAUGGACGCAUCAAAGACAAGCGCCGCGCAAACCCUGGAGAACAACCUGACCAAUCUGGUGAAGAGGAACAGCGAACUGGAGAACCAGAUGGCCAAGCUUAUCCAGAUUUGCCAGCAGGUGGAGGUCAACACAGCCAUGCACGAAUCCAAGCUGGUGGAGGAGUGUGACGAACUGGUGGAGAUCAUCCGCCAACGGAAGCAGGUCAUCGCCGUCAAAAUCAAAGAGUCCAAGGUGAUGAAGUUGCGAAAGCUGGCCCAGCAGAUUGCUAACUGCCGGCAGUGUCUGGAGCGCUCCAGUGCGCUCAUCACGCAGGCGGAGAACAGCCUGAAGGAGAACGACCACGCCCGCUUCCUGCAGACUGCCAGGAAUGUGGCUGAGAGGGUUGCCAUGGCCACUGCAUCCUCACAGGUCCUCAUCCCAGACGUCAAUCUGAACGAGGCCUUUGACAACUUCGCCUUGGACUUCUCCCGAGAGAAGAAGAUCCUUGAGGGCUUGGACUAUUUAACAGCUCCCAACCCUCCGUCUAUACGAGACGAGCUGUGCACAGCCUCUCACGACACCAUCACAGUGCACUGGACCUCGGAGGACGAGUUCAGCGUCACCUCCUACGAGCUGCAGUACACCAUCUACACGGGCCAGACCAACUUCAUCAGUCUUUACAACUCGGUGGACAGCUGGAUGAUUGUGCCCAACAUCAAGCAGAACCACUACACCGUGCACGGCCUGCAGAGCGGCACCCGCUACAUCUUCUUCGUCAAGGCCAUCAACCAGGCCGGCAGCCGCAACAGCGAGCCCGCCCGCCUCAAGACAAACAGCCAGCCUUUCAAGCUGGACCCCAAAACGGCCCACAAGAAGCUGCGUCUGUCCAACGACUGCCUGACCAUGGAGAAGGACGAGAGCUCGCUGAAGAAGAGCCACACGCCGGAGCGGUUCAGCAGCACGGGGUCGUACGGCUCCGCCGGCAACGUCUUCAUCGACAGCGGCUGCCACUACUGGGAGGUGCUGCUGGGGGCCUCCACGUGGUACGCGUUGGGUGUCGCCUACAAGUCCGCACCCAAGAAUGAGUGGAGCGGCAAGAACUCGUCCUCGUGGGUCUUCUCUCGCUGCAACAACAACUUCCUGGUGCGGCACAACGGCAAGGAGCAGCUGGUGGAAGCCUCGCUGCAGCUGCGGCGGCUGGGCGUGCUGCUGGACUACGACAGCAACGCGCUGUCCUUCUGGGACGCCAUGAACGCGCAGCACCUGCACACCUUCCACGUCUCCUUCCUGCUGCCCGUGGCGCCCACCUUCAUGAUCUGGAACAAGUCGCUCAUGCUGCUGUCGGGCCUGCCCGUGCCCGACUUCGUGGACUGCCCCGAGCAGCAGGAGGGCCUGUGCCGCCUGCAGGAGUCGCCCUACGUCUCGUCCACCAUGAAGGGCUGCCACUGAGGGAGGAGCUGGGGGGGGGCACCAUGAAGGGCUGCCACUGAGAGAGGAGCUGGGGGGGGUGGAAGAGCGGCACAUUGAGGCAGUUUGUGGGAUAGACUGAGCUGCGUCGACGCUAACGGAUAGACUGAGCUGUGUCGACGCUAACGGAUGGACUUGCGCUACUGCUGGGCGGCUUCUUGUUCCUUCACCCUUUCCUGUCUCUUUCUCCUCUUUCUCUUCCACCUCCUCCUCUUCUCAUGUUUUCAUUUUUUGAUCCACUGUUUUUAAUCCUCUUUGGUUUCUCGCUCCUUCUCUGUCAUUGAUGGGUUAACGUCGCCUAUGCUUCUCAGUUUCAAAGGAUGCGUUUAGUUUUUGCGACAGUUCUAGUUUGAGUUUUCCAAAACAACAACAAACUUGAGACAUUUCGACUUGCAUCAUGUGACUACUACUUGUGUAUGACGUGACCUCUGAUGAUGAUGAGUGUGAUGAGGAGGAAGAAAUGCAUUUGUAAAUUAUUUAUCACUAACAAAUUUGUUUGCUUUUUGUCAGUUUUGAUGUAAACCUGAUGCACUUUUUAGAUUGGUUUCAAUGCCCCUGUGUGUAAAAAACAAAAAAAAUGUCAGAAUAUGGAUUUGGACAGGGUUGCUCUUUCUUUAGAUAGAGUAGAAGAGGUUUAUCUUAUUAAUAAAAAAGGGAUACAAAUUUGAUGUUUCUACCGAAUUAAUGAAUUUACUACCUGAUGGAAUUAUAACUCACAGUUUUUAUUAUAUUCAGGGAAGACAAAGCAAUCCUUUUAUUUGCAAUUUGUGUAGACGUUACGGCAUGAUAUGUAUUUCCUCUGUGAUUUGUUCACUCUCCUUCCGUUUGUACUUUUCUUUUCUUGUGAAAAGCAUGAUACAGUACGUAUGACCCCCACUGGUUCCAUGUAGUCGACAAAACAUCUAUCCCCUACCAAUAUAUUUAUUGCACCGUGGAAAGAGUAACCCUUUUUUACACCUUGAGUUCCCAUCACCUCAAUCAGCCACUGAGUCAAAGUGAACUAUGAAGUUAUAUAGAGUCAUGGAUGCAGCCAAAGCAUUGAUCCAUUUUUUUUAUUCAGCAAAAAGGCUGUUUUCUGACGCCUCUUUAUCAUCUUUGAAGUCAACAGACACAAGUUUAUGAACAUACCAACCCAUGCCAGCGGCCUAAGCUGUCCAUAGAGCUAACAAGCUAAGC